UUCUUCUUCUUCCCUCCAUCAACAAACUCAAAUUCCUCAAUUCAAAUCUCUUUUUUACUCAAAACCCAUUUUCAGAUUCUCAAUUUCAGUUCCAAUGGCACCUAAAGCAGCAGCAGAGAAAAAGCCAGCAGAGAAGAAGCCAACAGAGGAGAAAAAGGCUGAAAAAACCCCAAAAGCAGGGAAGAAGUUACCAAAAGAAUCAGGUUCUUCUGGUGCUGAUAAGAAGAAGAAGAGAUCUAAGAAGAGUGUUGAAACCUACAAGAUCUACAUCUUCAAGGUUCUGAAACAAGUACACCCAGACAUCGGUAUCUCAAGCAAAUCUAUGGGGAUUAUGAACAGUUUCAUCAAUGAUAUAUUUGAGAAGCUUGCUCAGGAGUCUUCAAGAUUGGCUAGGAUUAACAAGAAGCCUACAAUCACUUCAAGGGAAAUUCAGACUGCUGUUAGGCUUGUUUUGCCUGGUGAGUUGGCUAAACAUGCUGUUUCUGAAGGAACUAAGGCUGUUACUAAGUUUACUAGUUCUUAGAUGUAAUGGGGUGUUGUGGGGUAAUUGGUAUUUUGGGGAAUGUAAAGGUAGUUGCUUAUGUUUGGUUGAAAAUUCUCUGUUAGAUUUGUAGGUUUUGGUUGUACUUGAAUUUAACAGUAAUGAAUAUGAAUGAAUGUGUUUUCUCCAAUGCAGUUGCUUCUGUUA